AUGCUACCAGGAAAAGUGGAAAUCAAUCCAAGGAGAGCAGCUGUAGCAGCUAUCACUCUUAGGAAUGGAAAAGGGUAUGAGCCGCCAGCAUACCCAGAUCAAGAGGAAGCAAAACCAGUCAAGAAGAAACCAAUGGAGUAUGUCAUCAUUGGAGAUGGGACUGAACCACCUAAGGAAGUCCAUGUCAGAAUAGAACCAGGAACUCAGGAGGAAGUGGAGAAGCCACCUGAAGAACCAAGAGUGUAUGAGCCAAAGAUCCCAUACAGAAAUGUUCUUUCUCAAGCCCAAGAAGGAGAAGGAGCAAGCAAAGCUCAAGGAUCUUGUUAG